CGACGUCAAUGGAUGCCGCCAUCUGGCAUCUUUCUUCAAGCAUUAAUCGUUUGAGUUGAAGCAAGGGAUACGCACCUUUGAAGAGUACAUCCUUCAACAUGACGAUAUCCUGGGGAACAAUCCGUUCCCUCACAAUCUUCUUCGCCCCCGUCCUCCUCCCCAAAGCCUUCGGCCUCUACCGCAACUUCCGCCGCGGCCCCCAAUCCGUCUAUGGGCCGAUCAAGGUCCGGCCCGUUCGCUCCUCCGUCCGCCGCGCUCUGCUCCUCCUCUUCUCCCUCUCGCUCGCCUACCUCGCCCUCGCCCUCCUCCCCAUCUACUCCCCCGAGAACAUCUUCCGCCUCACGCAAUCCCGUCUCCAAAUCCCCGUCGACGUGCUUUUCACGCGCCUGGCCUCCAUCCGCCCUCCAUCCGCCGCCGACAACGCUUUACGUCACAAAUUCGUCAACCUCCAAUCACGUCUGCUCUACCUGCAAUUCGGCCCCGACGUCUUGGCCUCAUGCCCCUUUUGUUCCUCCGACGACCCCAAGUCGUACCUCUACUACGCGCUCCCGACCAUCGUCGCCCCGCAUCUCUUCAACCUGGGCAUAAUCGCCCUCGUCACUUCAACCAUUUUCACCGGGCGCGACGGGUACAAAUGGCGAUACCUGGCGACCAUGGCCUCCCUGGUCAUCGGGGGUGCGGACGUGUACAUGGUCAGCUCGUAUAACCCGCAGACCAACGCGCGCGCGCUGCGGUUGUACGAAAUCGAUUUCUUCCACUGGCGACAACGAUCGCUGCGCUUUCUCGUUCUUGCACUCCUCGACUGCUUGCUUGCUACGCUCAUGUAUCUAAGUUCGACGAACCGGAUGUUCGUCAACUACCCGAGCCCGGCCGAGCGCGUGGAAACCGUGGUGCGCCAGUUGCAGCAGAUUAAAGGAAAAGUCAACGCGGUGGGCGUGAUGCAGAAUACAAUCAGUCGGGAUGAGGAGUUGAGGGCACGGGGCAAUGCGUAUUGGCAGCAUGAGGUGAGGCUGAUGGGGGAAGUCAUGGAGGAGAGGGAUGUGGUGGAGGGGGUGAGGGAUGCGUUGCGGGAGAGGGUGGUGGUUGAGAAUGUGGAGAGGGAUGCGGAAAUUUAUGUGAGGGCCAUGUUGCCGCCUUUUUCGGCGGCCAUGUAUGGUGGGGGUGGAGAAAGGUCGAAGGAUGAUUAGAUGAGAGGGGUUUUUGGUUCGAGAUGUAUUGCUU